AUGCCUAUACGUGAUGCUAUAAGAACGAGCGUUCUCUCAAAGAAGUGGAGAUUAAACUACUUAACCAUUCCGCAAUUAGUGUUUGAUGACCAAUUCUGCAAAGAACUUGUUGACUCCGCCAACAAGAAGAAAACUCGGAAAUUUUUCAACUAUCAAUUGAACGAAACUGUCACCAAUUCUCUUAUGCUUCAUCCUGGCCGAAUAGAGAGAUUUAAAGUAUGCAUUCCUAAGUUCAGUACAGUAGGGUAUCCUAAUGUGAACAAAUGGAUGCUGUAUUUAUCUACAAAGAAUAUCAAGAAAUUAACCUUAGAAUACAAGAAGAAUUUUGUACGUCAUAAGUUACCUCCUUAUUUCUUUUCUUGUCUGGACUUGACGUACUUGAAGCUCCGUAAUUUUGAUUUUUCGCCUCCACCAGAGUUCAAGGGCUUCUUAUACCUUGAAAAAUUAGUUUUUUUCGGGGUUCACCUUGCAAACAACUGUUUUGAAAGUUUUCUCUCCAGCUGCCCUUUUCUUCAAAAACUACAUGUGAGUGCGUGUUCCGGUGUUCGUCAUUUUAAUAUCAUUGGCUCUAAACUCAAGGUAUUGAGCAUCAAGGCCGAUGAUAAGUUCGAAUCAAUCUCCUUAGAAAACGCUCCUAACUUGACUAAAGUUACUGUUGCACUGGAAAGAGCUGUAAUCGGACUGGAAGACAAUCCUAUCGCUAAUUUGGGUAAGUUUGGGGAUUGCUUGGCUAAAGUCAAACUACUUCGUCUAAAUGGAAAGUUUCUGCAGUUCCUAGCUGAAACUCAAGUUCUGCAAAUGCUAUCAACGUCGCUAGACUCAUUAAAAAGUAUCGAACUCAAAGCUAUAAACUUUAUGGACUUUGAUCAGAUAUCUGUUGUUAUCUGUUUGAUUAGAAGUGCUCCGAAUUUGCAAGAACUUUAUAUUGAGGAAGGUUUAUUCUGUUUUAUCCUCGGAGGAUUUAAUCCAUUACCUUGGAAACAUGUGAGGGGGUCAAAAUUCCUUAAGGACGCACAAGAAAAUUGUGGACUUGGAAUAUUUCUUAUUGUUUACUGUUUUUUGUUCCAAAAUAUGACGAAUGAAAACCAAACUAAUGGAAGUGUUACGGGAACGGGUGCUACUGUUACGAGUGCUGCUGCCUCGUCAAGCCGUUAUACUCCUGCUCAUGCUAUGGCACCGACAGAAAAACCCGGAAAGUUUUUUGGUAUUGACUUCAAACGCUGGCAAAUGAAGAUGCUCUUCUAUCUUACUACGUUGAGUUUGCGAUGUUUCAUCAAGGAGGAUCCUCCGGUCAUGGCUGAAAAUACUCCGGAUGAUGAACGACUUGUUGUAACUGAAGCAUGGAAACAUUCUGAUUUCUUGUGCUAA